UUUUAUCCCAACAAAAUUCCCCAAAAAAUCGUUUCUGAAAUUGUCAACUAUAAGGGAUUAAAUCUUCCUCUGAGAUUGUAGAAAGUUAGGGCCGUGCUUUACCUGUCAACAUUCCGCCUCAUAGACUUUUUCCUGUAUUGCACAAUAGCUUUCAAGAAAGCGUGUAAUUUUUUUCUUCUGCAAAGGUCAUGAAUCGAUUUUUGCUGACUUGGGGAAGUUGGAAUCCAUUUAAAUAUUAGCGAUCUGUGACUUGGGGAGAGCAAAGGGCAAGAGCGAGAGCGAAGAUCAAGAGAAUCUCUCCUCUCCUUUCCUCUGUCGACACAAAAUAUGGAGUCGAACAUGAGAGCACAAGUUGCAGCUUCUCCCUGCGCUGCAUGCAGGAUGCUCAGGAGACGCUGCGGAGAGAAAUGUGUGCUUGCCCCAUACUUUCCCUCUAAUGAUCUUCACAAAUUCGCUACUGCCCAUAAAAUAUUUGGAGCAAGCAACAUCAUAAAGCUCCUCCAGGAUCUGCCAAGAGAUCAGAGAGCAGAUGCAGUGACGAGCAUGGUUUAUGAAGCAAGUGCGAGGAUAAGAGAUCCUGUAUAUGGGUGUGCAGGCGUAAUAUGCCAUAUGCAGUCUCAGUUAUGUGAAUUGCAGUCACAGUUAGCGAGUGCUCAAGCAGAGAUUCUCACCAUGCGCUUACACCAGGCUAAUCUGCUUGCAUUCAUCACAGGAGGAGGAGGCAGCGGCUCUGUUGAAAGUACAGAAGCAUUGUUCCACUCGCUCUCCCCCUCUCAUACCUCAUCUUCUUCCCAAGAGAGUAAUGAACAGUAUAGCAAAAGUUUCAUUUGUUCAGACGAAGACCCACAACAGUUUUGGGACUCAUUACUGAUAGAUUCUAAGACGUCCUUUUAAAUUUUCAUUGUACUACUGACUGAUGAAUGAUUAGACGAAUGAAUGAAAGAUUUUAAUGAUAUCCACGAAACCAAUGAAAUUUAUACAAAUUCCAUCAUAUGUAAAGAAGUCCACACGCCUCUUUGUUUAGUCAGGAUUAUGCUCUGCACUUCCCAAGUGCUUUUAUGUAUCUGCUAGGUAAUUUAAUGAAACCAGAAUUGCUGAACAUUUAGAGAAUGCUAUUAGAUUUUCUUUCUGUUUGUGUCAGGCUGUCUGAGAUCAGUCAUCUUGUGCGAAUAAAGUGAAAGAGUUUUCAA